CGUACAAAAAACACAGUUUGUUUAGUUAGUCUGAUGCGUCGCAUUUCAUCUGACAAAGAAAUCCGCGAUAGACCCCUUUCCAUCAAGCGCCCACCUUAUAAGCGAAUAAACCGUCAUGAUCACACCUGCUGAAGAUAGGCAUACCCCUUUUCUAUCUUCUUGAUGAUGCUAUUCAGCUUAUCGAGCAUGAUUUUAACAUGGAUGCCGUCGAACCUUACAAGAGCUGAAAUUUCGUUUGUGUUUUUGACGUUAAAAUGGCCUGCGUACAAUUUUUUUAAUUGCGCUACCUAUGUCCACUUUUUCUGAAACAUUGCACUGAGCACUCGUGUACUAUGGCCGAAAAUCCCUCAGACCGACCAGAUACUGAAGACAGCAUGCGCGUCGAGACCGACUCAAUGGGCACCAUUCUAGUCCCCAAAACCUGCUACUGGGGCGCACAGACGCAGCGAUCAUUCGAGAAUUUCAAAAUCGGUCCAAAUUCACGCGAAAGAAUGCCAAUUGAAAUCAUUCAUGCGAUUGCGUUGAUCAAAAAGGCCGCCGCGUUCGUUAACCUUGACCACAAGGAACUUUCCCCCAAAAUAUUCGAGGCCAUCGUUUGUGCCGCCGAUGAAAUCAUCAGAGGCAACUUUGACGACCAAUUUCCGCUCGUCAUUUGGCAGACCGGUUCUGGGACCCAAACGAAUAUGAAUGUCAAUGAGGUGAUUGCCAACAGAGCGAAUCAGAUACUAGGAGAGCCGCUAGGAUCCAAAUCUCCAGUCCACCCUAACGACCACGUAAACAAGGGGCAGAGUUCAAACGAUACAUUUCCGACAGCCAUGCACAUAGCCGUUACUCUCAGCCUGGUCAAGAAACUUCUUCCAGCCCUUGAGUCUCUUGAAAAAAAAAUAAGGGAACGGGCUCAAAAAUUUUUCAGUCACGUCAAAAUUGGAAGAACUCACUUGCAAGACGCAGUUCCCAUGACUGUCGGGCAGGAGUUCAACGCCUGGGCAUCGCAAAUCAAGUACGGAUUAAGACGAAUCCGAAGCACAUUCGAUAGUUUGCAUAGUCUGGCUCAGGGGGGGACGGCGGUUGGAACGGGGCUUAAUACGUACAGCGGGUUUGACAGAGAGAUAGCGGGGACGAUUGCGUCGUUUUUGGACAUUGGAUUCUACUCGGCUCCAGACAAGUUUGAAGCCUUGGCGUCUAAUGACGCCAUGCUGGAAAUAAGUGGAGUGCUUAACACACUUGCCGCCUCUUUGAUGAAAAUUGCUAAUGACGUCCGGCUUCUUGGAUCGGGUCCCCGAUGCGGCUUGGGAGAGCUGAUCCUCCCAGAAAACGAACCUGGUUCUUCCAUUAUGCCCGGAAAAGUCAACCCAACUCAAUGCGAGUCGCUGAGCAUGAUAUGUUGCCAGGUGAUGGGCAAUCACGUUGCCGUCACAGUCGCCGCUUCCAACGGUCAUUUGCAGCUUAACGUGUUCAAGCCGGUGAUUGUUGCCAAUAUCCUUCGAUCGAUCGAUCUUCUAUCCGAUGGUUGUCAAUCUUUCAACGAGAAUUGCAUGGCGGGUAUUGAAGUGAAUACGGAGAGGAUCGGGGAAUACGUCGAGAAGUGCCUCAUGUUGGUCACCGCGCUGAAUCCCUACAUUGGCUACGACAAAGCAGCCAAAAUUGCAAAAAAGGCCCAUCUGGAAAAGAAGACACUGAAAGAGGCGGGUGUGGAGCUGAACUUCUUCACCGAGAGCCAGUACGAGAACUGGAUCAAUCCGGUUGAUAUGGCCAUGCCCAAGACACAGACCAAGCAAUAGAGAGACAUACCGCUUUGGUCACACUUUUCGACGACAGGUGGAAUAGGAGAAAAAAAAAUCGCGCACACACGCGAGACAGAUGUAUGCGGCGACGUUCAAAGAAUUGCAGGAGGCGAGCGUUUACAGCAUUCAGUUCGGUUUAUUCACGCGGAUCUCAUAGUUUGUGUUACGCUCUAAAAGACAGCCGGACUAGAUAUAGAGAUGACUUCUCUCGCUCUACCUCGUUUGUGGUAUGACCAGGGGGUGAGAUAGACGGGCGUGCAGCGGCUUGAACUGAGAAGGUGAGUGAUACGCCCGUGGCGUUCAGUCCGCGCUGGCUGAUCCAUCGAAGUUUGACUGUUGGUGUUCGGUCAAAUAAAGUGAGUUUGCAAACACGAUGCCAUGUUUGAUCAAGUUGGAUGCCUCUUCUAUUUUGGCGCACAGAUCGACAUCGCCGAUAAUCCUCGAAGCGCUUUUGAAGUCUCGGCACGUCUCGUCGAGCCGGACGAUGGUUCUGACGAUGUUUCCUUCGAGGACGUCGGUGAGUUUGAGGAUGUCUUGGAAAGGCUUGUUCUGGGCCCAGUUAUAAACGACUUCGAUGAGGCC